AUGAAGGUUAAACGAGGCUGUGGAUUUUUCAAAGCUAUUGCUGAUUUCGCUGUGACCACCAAAGGCUUUGAUUUCAAUCAGCACGUCAUUAAGACUGCAGGUCAAAAGUCUGUGUUUAAAUCACUAUUGGCCCACACGGAGCGUCUCCUAAUCCAGAAUGAGUACCUAGCGGGAGAUGUACUUUCAGCUUGCCUGGAUUCCCUGGAUGUCACCAUUGGUUACGUUCCGCGGGGCUCCCCAGCUGGAGGCAGGGAGCAUAACAGGCGUGCCGCACCGGCUGGCAGGGAAGAAGGCAGUGAUUCCCAGCCGGUCCCCGGCUGCAGCGGGCUGGGGCCGGGCAGCCUUCGCGGUGGCUGCGGCGCUCACUCGUGGGCCCCGGAGGACGCCUGGAUGGGUUCCCACCCUAAGUAUUUAGAAAUGAUGGAAUUAGCUAUAGGAGAUGCCAGCCAAGUUUAUGUAGCAUUUUUGGUUUACCUGGACCUCAUGGAGAGUAAAAGUUGUCAUGAAGUGAACUGUGUGGGAUUACCAGAACCCCAGCUCAUCUGCCUUGUGGGCACUGAGACAGGAGGGGCAGGGUUACAGACUGUGGCUCCAACCUCUGUUACUGCUUCCUGUAGCCAUAGCAGGAUAAGGGAGAUCUUGAAGGCAUCACGAAAAUUGCAAGGUGAUCCUGAUUUGCCAAUGUCUUUUACUUUGGCCAUAGUGGAAUCUGAUUCUACAAUAGUCUAUUCUAAACUUACUGAUGGAUUUAGGCUGCCAGACCCUCAGAAUAUUUCCCUUAGAAGAUGA